UUGUAUACACAGCUUUGGAUGUUCCUGCUCGUUUGUAUUUGGAAAAUAUGAAAACUAUAGAGUAUUUUUAACAUCCAUAGGAACCUGAACGAUUUUUGUUUGCAAUACAAGACGAAACUUCAAAUUUCACUGUGAAACCAUGUCGUGGUUUAUGAAUACAAUACGUACGACUGUCAGUACGUGGACACCGCAAGUAAUGCCGGUACGAUUCCGUUACUAUGCGGACAAGGUGGCACAGGGUCGUAUUAAACGACGAUACGGUUAUCACGAUUCUGUAGCAAGGACAGGACUACUGCCCCGUAAUAGCGAUGAAAAGCUACCUAUGCCAAUCUACAGACCAAAGGAUGCUUGGACCGAAAAAAGAGCGCUGUUCGGUCAGAAUGAUUACAUAGAUAUUUUAGGGUCAAAUGAUAUUCACCCUACCAGAAUAUUGUACAACAUGGCAUUUUGGCUACGAGGAGUAAAGGGCAUUGAAUAUCAAGUAUUGUUAAGAAAACGUAAGAUGUUGCAGCGUGGAAUAUACCCAAUAGCUAGACCAACAAGAUGGAAAGACUUAGAAAAGAGAAUAAGAUACCUAUAUAAGUACCUAAAUAGGAAAACUAAAACAUACGCUAGUAACCAGUAAUGUAUAU